AAUAUGGCCCCGAAGCCAAAAGAGAAGAAACGACCUGAAAUGGGAAAAGAUUAUUCACUUCCAAAAGUAGGUAUUAGAGAACUAGCUGCUAUGCAAGGGGCUACAACUUCCAGAGAACCCGCUCUUCCUAUUUCAGCGGAAGCGACUGCUAGGGUACCGAGAAAGAAAAGAUGUUGGAAGUACCUUUAUGAUAGAGAAAACAAAACAUUUUGUGAAAGAACAUGUAAAAGUUGGCUAGCCAUAGUGUCUUAUUCUAUUAUGUAUAUUCUAUUCUUGAGCACAUAUACUUUAAUAUUUCUUUUUGGAAGUCUAACAGCUCUAAAAUAUACUACUGAUUACCAUGUUAUCGAUAAAGCAGAACUUCUGACUUAUUCCGAAAAUGGCAUAGGACUAUCGGCGACUCCCGCAUCAGAGAAUAGUGUUCCUUUAAUUUGGUAUAGAAGCGGAAAGACGGAAGAUUACAAAAAGUAUAUUAGUGCUCUUGAUAGACUGCUACAGAAGAAUCGUAGAAAAAGAGAAGUUAAUAAUACAGAUUUGGGACCUUGUGCAUAUACCCCAUAUGGUUUUGGUGAUAAACCUUGCAUUAUAAUAAAGAUAAAUAAACAAUUGAAAUGGAAAGGAAGGCCUUUAGAAGUAGAUUCGCCUCAAGCAAGUAAUGCUCCAGCUGAAGUAAAGGAAUGGUUGAAGACGGAUAAUAAGAAGUUAUGGCUGCACUGCAGCGGUUAUCACUCGUACGAUAAAGAACAUGUUGGUUUUAUAAAAUAUUACCCAGAUCCACCGGGGUUUGACCCAGAUAUAUUUCCCUUAGAGAUGCAAAGCAAUUCUCCACUAGUUGCUAUGCAAAUAUCUAAUUUUACAGUGGGUAUUUCGUUGGCAAUUCAAUGCAAGCUUUGGUAUGACAAAGGACCGUCUUCUAUCGAAUUUGUAUUGUAUGUAGCUCCUGAUGUAAGGAUAGAAAUUUCCUCGUAAUAUAAUCUGAAUUUGCAAAGUAGUAUGCAUAAUAAUAUAGUGAUUAAAUAUGCGUGA